CACAUCGGUCCUUCAUCCCCUUCAACAUAUUUUUACCCUGAAGCAGUACUCAGUGUACAUGCAGAGAGAGACAUCAAUUACUCAAUAUUAUUAGCUGUUUAUUUUUUGUUCUGGUGAAUCGUAUGAUUUGAAUAAAUCGAGGGUAAUUCGAGCAAUGAGAAGGGACAAGUGUGUGAGAGUAUGAAAUUGAAUUUUUCUUUUUUAUCCUUAUCAUUGAAUGGUUUGUGAGGCACAGCGUUGCUCGAGGAGGCAAAGUAACAGGUUGGUGAUUCAGACCGCUAUCUCUGGGGGUCUAUAUCCUCAUUCGCAGUUUUUUAGGAAAAGGAUUAAUGUGAGGAUAUUAAGGGAUUAACGAAUCCACCGGAAGUGGGUGUGCAAGGGGUAGCCGUGGAGGAGUUUAAAUUCUCAAGAGAGUGAAACAGAGUGAUAGUCGUUGGUGAUGUUUGGUAGAUGCCGGAUACUCGGAUUGAAUCCGAAAUGUGAUAUACAUAUACCGCAUCGCCGAGGAUAAAAAAUUGUGAGAUUAUAAAGAGGAGAAUCAGAUAAAGACGUGCGGAAUAACUCUGGGGCAUCAGCGGAGUGUCAAACCGAUUUAACUCGAGGCUUCUUCCUUCCAUUCAUCAUUCUGAAGUUUCUCCUUCGUGUUGGCUCCACUUGGUUCAUCUUUUUUAUGUGACGCAAACGGCUUCAUUAUCAAGACCAAAGGAAUCCCGAGAGGGAUUAAAAAAGGAAUUUCAAAAGCUUGACAGCCGCUACAAAGUUUGCAAUUCAAAAUGUUGCCGACAAAUGUGAUGUCGUUUAUGAAGAAGAUGGUGACGACCCAGCCUGACACAACGAGUGCCGACACAGUAACACCGGAGGACACGGGCACGACAUUCAGCAAACUUCGCCAAUUAAUGACUGUCACUGGAAAUGUUGCAAAACCAACGAAAAUUACACCUGUCGAGGAUGUGGUGGUGAAAGAAGAAGUAACAGCUGCAGAACCGCCUAAACCAAAACCCGAGCCCGGUAGACCACCAAGUAGAUCAGGUGCUUGUCGAGUGUGUCUGAAAUCCUUCAAACCCGAUGAUUUCGCUCGCACAUGCUGCGAGUGCCAGUUCAAGGUCUGUGAGGAUUGUGCUUCAUAUUCAGAAGCUCAGAACUACGAAGACUCAUCGACAUGGCGCUGUAGCGUUUGUCGACGUAGAAUAGCAUCUCGUGGUCAGCCAAUUGUAACUCAAGAAUCAACAGACUCACUGCUGGAAGUACCAGUUCUGGAGGCACUACAAAGGCGACACAGUGAUGCAAGACUUAGCUGUCAAGCUGGUCUGCAAACACCUGGCCUGGGCAGUGGUCUUGCACCACCUAGAAGUCCGGAGCUCAGAAGGCACUCAGACGUAUCACCAGCUAGUCUGAAAGAACUUGAGAAGUUUCGAAAGGUUGCAGGAGAGCGCCGAGAGGAGCUCAGGUGGGAAAAGGAGCUCGAGAGAAGGAGUAAGUCCCGAGGUGGAUCACCAGAUCGGCAUCAGGGCCGAUCAGCGAGUCCACCGAGAGCAUCAAAAAUAUCAGCAACAGAUCAGGAUACAGGUGAUAUAGGUGAUGAUGAGGAUGAAAGACGAAGACGAGCAGCGAGGAGGACUGGUACAGUCAGGCGAAAAUCUCGUGUGACAAAGCAACAUUCUUACGACGAAGAGAGCAGCUGUGGUGGUGGAGGUCAAUCUGGGCAUGCUGAUACAGGACUUGGACUACCUGUUCUGCUGCCACGUAGGGCGUCGGCUUACGAUGUCUAUGCAACACCAGGAAGUGGUGGGUUAAAUGCUGUUGCUAUCGCCGCGGCCCAACAGAGAGCAUCUAUAUCCAAUCAGGGUUCACGAGAUCCGGAGGAUAGAUCACCAGGUAGAAGACCGUCGUUCAGGGCUGUUAAACCCGUGAUGGCGUACGAUAUGGCUGGCGAUGAAGAGAAGAUAAUCAAUCUGGAUGCUUCCGCUGGAUCGGAAGGAACUGUAGUUCAGAGUGAUGAGCCACGUGAGUCAAGACCAAGAACACGACGAGCAUCAAUGCUACCAGAUAUUAAUUUGGUGAGAAGUCUUCCAUCAGUGCCAAAAGCAACUCCACCAGUCGUUGCUCGUGUUGCUGCGGAAGAUCGCGAAUUGCCACGACAGGGAAGCUUAGCAGAUGGCGAGGGGAUUAAGAUUGUUAUACAUGAUGUGGAUAGUGACUUAGCUCCGAGAGUAAAUGCGAAGAGAAGGGUUGUACUCAGGAAGGAUCCAAUGCUGAUCGAAAAAGGGCACAGAACACGUGGUUUUGGGAUGCGCGUAUUGGGUGGUAAAUCUGGUACUGAUGGACGUCUUUAUGCUUCAAUUGUAUGGACAGUGCCGGGAGGACCGGCGGACAAAGCUGGAUUACUUAAGGGCGAUAAGGUUUUAGAGUGGUCAGGUGUAUCCCUCAUUGAUCGUACCUUCGAAGAUGUCGCACAGAUUGUCGAACACACUGGCGAUGUUGCCGAAAUGGUAGUCGAAUCCGUUGCUGACAUGGACAACAUUUGUAGUGGGGAUUUACUGGAUGAUGCUAUAAUACCCCCGACUGGUGGAAAAACAUCGGGAAAUCUAGGUCUACAGUUAGACACGGAAACGGAUAAAACACCAUCGUCGCCGACCCGCAGGAAACUGCCAAAGACGCCGGAGCAAAUAGCUAAAGAACGACAAGUAACUGGGAGGAUACAGAUACAAGUUUGGUAUGAGGUAGACACCAAGGAAUUAGUUGUAUCAGUACUUGGUGGUGACGAGCUUUGCCUUCGUGAUGACACAUCACCACCUGAAGCAUUUGCUAAGCUCGUACUUCUGCCACCUUGUGGCGAAAAAAACGGUCUGAAGACAGAUAUUGCUGAGCCAGCUCAGAAUCCAAUAUGGAAUGCCAAUUUAACCUUUCCAGGUAUUCCUGGUGAAAAGCUCAUUGAGAGAACUAUUGAGGUGACACUCUGGGAUUCACAGCCGGAUUGUGAAAAUAUUUUUCUCGGUGAAUGCGUUGUUAAUCUUGAAAAUGCUAUCGAGGCUGACCGAGCCAUUUGGUACAGAUUAGAAGAUCCAAGGGGAUGGCGAUCUGGAAAAUCACCCUAUGCUUCCCCUCGUGGAUCAGUGUCGGCUGAGGUAUCGAUGAUAGCUCAGAGAUUACUCAGACGUGAUAUUCGAGAAAGAAGCUACAGCGAUGACACCCAGACUCACAGCGAGAGCGGCAGUCCAGAACCAUAUUUUCUUCAUCCUGAUCAUGCCUGGCAGGCAAACUCAAGACGUGGCUCAUCACAAUCUGAACAGCUGGAAAUUGAGCCUUACGAGCUCAGCAAAGACUACAGCCGAUCAUUACCCGGUAGUCGUAGGAGUAGUUUUCAGAGCCAAGGGGGAACUGAUAGCAAACGCGGUAGUAUUGGUGACAGUGAAACACCACCUGUUUACUACAGCCGCGAUAGACGCCGUAGUUCAGUGGCAAGAACAGCAAGAAAUCACGAGGAAGUAUUAAAAUCACUUCAAAAAAUAGCAGCAAGGGGAGAAUUGGGCAGAACAAUGAGUUUAUCCAGCGAAAAAAGACGCGGAAGUCGGCGGGAUGAGAGAAGAGACAGCAUCAAUCGGGGAGAAAGGAAAGACAGUGUGGGACAAACGAUGAUGGGAUUUCCUGAACGAUUUUACGAUAGAAAUAGUGAAUCUGAUGAGGAUGACAAAUGGAGUGAGUCAAAAAAAGAAAAUGGUGUCGAUAUAAAAUUGGGCCCUGGACAAGUAGCACCGAAAGGAUUUAAACACACGGGGGCAAUGGGAAAUGGUGAGGUACAACUAGCUUUAUUUCUCAGCAAGGGAACACUUGAAGUUGAGGUGAUAGCCGCACGCGAUGUUUGUCCAGGUGAACGGGAGGAACCAGAUACUUACGUUAAAACAUAUUUGAGAGACGGCGAACGUUGGUUGCACAAAAGGAAAACCCGAGUGGUGCGUCAUUCACGUAAUCCUCAAUACAGGCAGACCCUCAAAUACGGGAGUUGCGAUGCACUUGGUAGGAAUAUAUUAGUUAUGCUUUGGGAGAAGAAGCAGGGCUUUGAGAGUAAUCAGGGGCUUGGUGGUGCUGAAGUUAAUCUUGAACAAUUGUCACUGACUAAAUUGUCAGUUGGGUGGUAUCCAUUAUUUCCAAUACAUACUUUAGGUAAUCAUAAUGCUGAUUCUCCCUGAUGGUUAAGGGAAAAAUGGG